AUGACAUUGUCCAAUGUUUCAUUCGCGUCCCCACGCAAGCAGAUAAUCAGUAAUGAAGUACAACUGUAUUUGGAUAUUUACUUCAGAACUGUCGUGGUAACUGUUGUGGGAGUUUUCGGAACCAUCACAAAUGUGAUGAGCGCUGCAGUGUUUAUAAGACAAGGAGUGCAUGACUGCGUUAGCGUGUGUCUCUUGUCUUUGACUGUAACAAAUCUAGUGUCUGUAACAGCUGGAGUUCUGACAUUGUUUAGUAAAGUGUUUAUAUUUGCUAAUAUUGCCUUCAGGAUUGAAUUCUUUGCCUUGCUGCCUCAUAUCUCUGCGUUCUUUUACAACAUCUCCACAAUAACUAUAGCAUUUAUCUCCGUCGAGCGAUGUCUGUGUGUUACAUGGCCCCUCAAAUUCACUAAUGUUUUCACCCUUAGAAGAGCGAUCGUCGUUUUAUCGGUCAUCUAUCUUUACGAGAUCAUUAUCACCAUGCCUGACCAUCUGACAAUGGGAUUCAAGAGCCAGUUUGACUCCAGAACGAACAAAACACGGACAGUUGUAUGGGUAUCACCAUACAGACCUUACGUUGAUUUACUUAUCAAAAUGUUCUGUCAGUUAACGGUUGAGUCACUGUGUGUACUGAUUCUCAUCGUUAGCACUUACAGCAUGGUCAGAGGUCUUCGCCACUCAUUGAAUCAGUGGACAGACCAUCAUCAUGUUCAGCAAAGUGUGGCUAUUGUUCCCAACACUGUUGCAAAGAAAACUUCGAAGAGUAAUAAUAUUGUUAUUAUGAAAAGAAAUGUUGUGAAGACGGUUAUCAUUUUAGCCAUUGUGGCAUUUAUCAUCAACUCUUUGAAACUUCUGUUGACUGUGAUAGAUCAUAUCUACCCAAAUCUGGGGACAACAGAAUCUAACUUAUAUUCUGAUUUGCCUGCAGUUUCGUAUUUGCUACAAACCCUCAACGCUUCUGUUGAUAUUUUUGUUUAUUUGUCAUACAAUAUUUCGUUCAGACGCUGCUUUGUUGAAAUGUUUUGCAGAUCGUGCAUGUUUCAUCUGUAA